AUGGAAGAUGAGACUGCAGUAAAAAGUAAUUUACAAAUAGAAAGUGAACCAAAAGCUAUUGAAUUGACCAAUAUGAAUGCUGAAAGUGAAGAAGGAAAGGAAGAAAGAGAUUUUUCAUCGGAUGAUAGUAUCGCAGAUCCUAAUUAUCACAUUGAAGAUAAUGAUUUAUCGUCAGAUUCGGAUGAAACGGUAGAAGAGAAUGAAGAAGAAAAUAUUUCACGUAAAUCAAACCAAAAUAUUACACGUAAGAGGAAAAUGCAGCCAGAACUUUGGAAAUCGAAUGUAGCAAAACGUCUACGAAAUGCAGGGAAAGAAUAUGUAGGCAAAAAUAAAAAAAGUUAUACGAGAGAGACGAUUAGGACCAGGAUGUACAGAAAAAUGCAAGUUAAAGUGUAA